UUCGGAUUUCUCGAAAUGGUUCUUGGGAAGAAAAAAGUGGAUGGUUUCAAUGAGCUGAAUGCAACAUUAAAAGAAGUAAAAGGCCGAACGGUUAUUCUGUUCACGGGUUCCAAGGACGGUGAGAAAAGCUGGUGUCCAGAUUGUGUCGUAGCGGAGCCUGUGAUUGAAAAAGUUGUGGCUGAAAUUGCAUCUUCCGGAGAUGGCUUGGAACUGACGUUUAUCGAAUGCACUGUAGGUAUGCGGAAUGAGUAA